UUUUGACAAUAUGAAUGUAGGAUUAAAAUUUUUAAUUUUCAUAACUUUUUAUGUAAUAACCCCGUGAAUCCACCCAAAUUCUCGUCAAUAUGGCGCAAAAUUUGACCUGUCCCGACAUAUGUCCAGCCACAGCAAAACCUCCGGAAGAGGAGAAGUUAUACCCCGCAGCUGGUGCCUCUAGAGGUCCUGAGAAUCCUCAUGCAUCCCCGUACGUCCCAGGAUGCAUCAGGCCACCAGAACCGAAGGUAUAUCCCCCUGGAGCGCCACCAAGGUAUCUCCCACAGCCGACCGACAGCACCAGUGGAGAUAUCUUAGGCAUGGGUCCUAUAGGGCCCUGGGCUGCCGGUCACGUCGACUGGACUCCACAAGCAGGCAUGACUGGAGUACGACCGGUUGUCGACAAAUACUCCAUCACAAGAUACUCCACUGGGGAGUGGAGGAAGCACAACGAGUUUGUCCUCACGCCUCGAGCCACUGAUAAAGCUAAGGCCGUUGAAGCGAAAACGCGCAAAGAUAUCUCGGAUGCUUUUAACGCUAUGGACAACAAGCAGGCGGAGACGAACAAGAAAUUGGAUUAUCGAGUCAAAGAACUGGCGCGCUGGAAGAAAGAAGUCGAGAAAGCUCUUGAUGCGAUGAUUAAAGAGAUUGAUGUUCUUGACGACGAGAGAGCCCGGCUCAAGGGCGCUUGCAGGAUAUUGAACUUGCCUGAAAUGAUCUCUCGCGAGUGUCUGGAGUUGAGGACGCAUCGUUACGAACCAGAUUUGGUCAGAGAUGAUGCGGAACAGGAACUGAUUAAGGAGGUCGCUAUCGUGGGAGAGAUCAGACGAGUUUUUAACACCACGUUAGCAGAAGUUGAAACUCAGAUGUGUAUGAACAAAUCCGCGAAGUCAGCGCUAGAAUUCGACUGGAGUGACAAGAUGGUGAGUUUGAAGUUGGAUAGAAAGAACCUGACUUUGACUCCUGAAUCCAACCUAUUGCUAAAUCACCCUGGUGUGGCGAGGUGGCCUGAAAACGCGUCGACGUAUGACUACUGGGAACAUUACUGCAGAGAGAGUAUAAGGAACUGCGACGAGGUCAGGGACAAAUCUGCAAAGCUUCGACAAUUUUUAUCGAGUACAAUAGUCAAUGGAAGUCGGGACAUGAAGUUGCAGGCUGACAGAACGAAUGCGGCGUUGGCUGAAACUGUUGCAGCUACAGAAGAACUGUGUGAAAAGUUGGAAGAAAACUUGAAGGAUAACUUGCAAACCAUAGCCAAUGUUGAGAACCUUAUUGACUACCUCAAGGAUUCUCUGAGAAAGAGUAAUGAUAGAGCCAGAUUAGUUAUGACCAGGCUUCACGGUAGGAACUAUGAAAGGCCAGGAGUUGAAAACUGUAGAGAUGAUGCGCAAUACAAUUUGAUAGCUGAAGCUAAAUUUAUAAAAGAGACUUGUGAGUCCCUGAAUGAUAAGACUAGAGAAGCAGAAACCGUGAGAUCGGAGUUAAUGAAGUAUAGAGGGGAGCUGGAGAAGGAGAUCGCUUGCAAACGGAAGAGUUUAAACAUUGAUAAAGACAGGUGCGCACGAGUGCGCGCUCUUAUGCCCAAACCCGAGGAAUUUGCUGGUGGAUAAUGCAAUAAAUUCGUUG